UUCAACGUAUCACCACUAUCAUCAACAUGUCGAAAGAACUAUCGUUCCGUGACUUUAGCAUCGCUGGCUUGGCAGUGCGAGCUUGGAAUUAUCCCGUAUCAGAAACCUCUCAAGCUGAAGUAGCCUGCUUAUUUUUGCUUCAUGGUCGACUUUGUACCUCAGCAAUGGUCGAGCCAUUCACCAAGAGGAUAAUUGAACAUGCCAACGCUCUUCCAAAACAAGCUGCGAAACAUCUGAUUGUCAUCACCUUCGAUCAUCGCAACCAUGGGUCGCGACUGCACUCCAUAGCCGCCAAUCAUGCCUGGAAUACUCAUCCUAACAUGCCUGGUACUCCGAUCGAGAAUCCAACGCAUGCACUUGAUAUGUACGCGAUCCAAACCGGAACUGCGGAGGACAUCUCGAUGUUGAUCGACUUCAUUCCGUCCUAUCUCUAUCCUGAACGCGCAAAUCCCAUCACCGCGUGGUGCGUGGCCGGAAUCUCACUUGGCGGGCACUCCGCAUGGCUAAGUGGUGCCAUGGAUCAACGCGUCAAAUAUGUUAUUCCGAUCAUUGGAUCCCCAGAUUACGAAACCUUAAUGCGACAUCGAGCAGCCCGCUCUCGCCCGGCCAUUCCUUUCGCUCCACCUCACUUUCCAGAUGCUUUGGUCGAGCUCGUAAGACGAAAGGAUCCCUGCCAAGCUGCAUCAAGCGUAUGGAAUGGAAAAAACCUCCUCGUGUUAUCCGGAAGCGUGGAUAAACUAGUGAACUUUAUCGACAGUGGCGCCUCGGCCUUUAUCGAUCGCUUAAAAACUCAAGCUAACUUGCAAAGUAUUGAAGUGGUGGUCGAAGAUGGCGCGGGUCACGAACUUACUGAAUCAAUGAUUUUGAAGACUUGCGACUGGGUUUCGACUCACAUCUUGAUCAAAAAAUCAUGAAAGUCUUGCAUAUCUUUACGUCACACACCUUGGUUCUGUAUCAUAUCUUCUGAUUGGAUCACUCAACGCGAUUUAUCAAUUGCACUGUCGUACUUUGAUCGUCUUAGAAGUCGCUCACGCAAAAUCUUAUACGCGCAUUCUGAUACGAUCAUUUCAAAGCCAGGUCAAGCCAUCUUGAAUUCCUAUUGUCUUCAUGUCUACUUCUUAUCACUACGCCAGGUCGGAUCGCAACACUGGUGACUUCUUAGGCGCGAUUGAUGUCAGUUUAUACAAUCUUAACCUUAUUUGUAAUAGAACACCAGGUAAAAUACCAUUAGUUUCAACAUC